AUGCCUUCUCGCGAGGACAUUACCUACUUCGGCGCAGGCCCAGCGCUUUUGCCCACAGAUGUCCUCGAGACGGCCGCAGCUUCCUUGCUCAACUACAAAGACACUGGGCUCGGCAUCGCAGAGCACUCGCAUCGCUCCGAGCUUGCCACCAACAUUAUCAACGAAGCCAAGGCCGACCUUGCCUCGUACCUGGACAUCCCCGAGGACUAUGAGGUGCUCUUCAUGCAGGGCGGUGGAACGGGCGAGUUCUCUGCCACGGCGUACAACCUCGUGGGCGCCUGGGUCGAGCGGAAGAAGAAGGCCAUCUUCGGUGACCUCAAGGCCGACGAGGUGAACGAUCCGACCCUCAUGCAGCAGCUCAAGACGACCAUCGACAAGGAGCUGAAGCUGGACUACAUCAUCACCGGUGGAUGGUCGCAAAAGGCGGCGGCCGAGGCCGCUCGACUCCUGGGCCCUGAACACGUCAACGUCGUUGCGGACGCACGUCAGAUCAACGAUGGCAAGUUUGGCAAGAUACCCGACGAAUCCACGUGGAAACUGUCCGAGGAUGCGGCCAUGGUGUACUACUGCGACAAUGAGACCGUGGACGGCGUCGAAUUCCCUGCCUUCCCCAAGUGCCUCGAGCCCAAGGCGGAUGGCUCGGGCCCCAUUGUGGUGGCCGACAUGUCUUCCAACAUCCUCUCGCGCAGAGUUCCCGUCCGCAACUUCUCCGCCAUCUUCUUUGGUGCGCAGAAGAAUCUGGGCUCGACGGGCGUGACGGUCGUUAUUAUCAAGAAGGAUCUCCUGCCGCCCAAGCUGCAGCAGCCGUCGGCCAGUCUGAUGAGGAAGUUGGCGCUGCCCAUUCCUCCCAUUAUCCUGCAGUACGAGAUUAUCGCCAAGAACAACAGUCUCUACAACACACUGAGCAUCUUUGAUGUCUACGUUGCUGGGCAGGUGCUGAAGAAGCUGCUCAACACGUAUCCCGACAAGGCCGCCGGCCAAGAAGCCGUCUCGGCCAAGAAAGCACAGCUCAUAUACGGAGCUCUCGAGGCGCACCCGGACGUGUACAAGAUCGUCCCCGACAAAGCGGUUCGGUCGAGGAUGAACAUCUGCUUCCGCGUGACAAAGGGUGGCGAUGUCGACGGCUCAGAAAGGGCCUUCCUCAAGGAGUCAACGGCACAAGGAUUGACGGGUCUCAAGGGCCAUAGAAGUGUGGGUGGAAUCCGUGCAUCGAGCUACAACUCGAUUCCCAUGAAGGGCGCAGAGGCCUUGGCCCAGUUCGUUGAGGAGUUUGCAAAAGCCUGA